AUGGGUAUCUUUUCUGAACUCCAAAUUCCUGCUGGCGUUAUUACUGGUGAAAACGUUUUUAGAUUAUUCGAGUAUGCCAAAAAUCAUGGUUUCGCUAUUCCAGCGGUGAAUUGCACUUCCUCUUCAACUAUUAAUGCUACUUUAGAAGCUGCUCGCGAUGUUAAAGCUCCAAUCAUUAUCCAAAUUUCUCAAGGUGGAUCCGCUUUCUACGCGGGUAAAGGUUUGAGUAAUGAUGGUCAACGUGCCAGUAUUAUUGGUGCUAUCUCUGCUGCACAUCACAUCAGGACAGUUGCAAAGGAUUAUGGAAUUCCUGUCGUGCUGCAUUCUGAUCAUUGUGCUAAAAAACUCUUGCCAUGGUUUGAUGGAAUGUUGGAAGCUGACGAGGAAUAUUUUAAACAACACGGUGAACCUCUCUUUAGUUCUCAUAUGCUUGAUCUUUCUGAGCUACCAAAAGAUGAAAACAUUGCCAUCUGUAAAAAAUACUUGGAACGCAUGUCCAAGAUCAACCUUUAUCUCGAAAUGGAAAUUGGUAUUACUGGUGGUGAAGAAGAUGGUGUUGACAACACUGAUGUCCAUAAUAAUUCUUUAUACACUCAACCUCAGGACGUUUGGGAUGUACACAGAGAACUGAUCAAGAUUGAUAAAAAGUUCACUAUUGCUGCUGCCUUUGGAAACGUACAUGGUGUUUAUAAACCUGGAAAUGUAAGGUUGACUCCAAGUUUGCUAAAAGAACAUCAGGUGCAUGUGCGCGCAGAAUCAAAAAAAUUAGGACUUGAGGUUGGUGAAAAACCCGUCUUUUUCGUGUUUCAUGGUGGUAGCGGAUCUGUCAAAGACGAGAUUAAGGAAGCUGUUAGUUACGGUGUUAUCAAGAUGAAUGUUGAUACCGAUACUCAAUGGGCUUACUGGGAAGGGUUGAAGGAUUAUCACGAAAGUAAGAAGGAUUAUCUCCAAUCCCAAGUUGGAAACCCCGAAGGUGAAGAUAAACCUAAUAAGAAAUAUUAUGAUCCUCGUGUAUUUAUUCGCGAAGCCGAAAAGUCCAUGGCUAAACGUGUUAAAGAGGCAUGCCACGAUUUGGGAAAUGUUGACCGUUUAUAA